AAGAUCAGGACAAUGUGACGUUUUGUUCGUUGACGCAAGUGAAAAAUUAGGCCUACACUAUUUCUGACUUGUGUUGCGAGUGUUAUGACUUGUCUUUGCUGCCUGAUCGCCACGUUCCUGCUAACCUUGCUGCUUGACGAAGAUCGCUACGUGGUAGUGCCUAAAGUUUCCAAGAUGCAGGAUGCACAGACACCCUUGAGAGUUGAGAAACAAGGUGAUGAGAAUGAAGAAGAAUCUUUUGAAUCUGUUCCACACUUGCCCAACACUUUGUCGAAAGUUGUCACGCAAUCCGUCGGGCCGCGCGUAGCAGCCAAUUCUGGCGGUAAUCCCCUAGGUGUCGUUCGUGGAGCUGGGCGAGGUAUUUUAGCAGGAGCAUCACCGCUGAAAUUGAUUUCGAAACGCACCAUCCCAUGCAGGACCACCAAGGCACCAACGCAAGAAAGUGCACCACCAACACCCGCUGAAAGUGGCCGUGGCCGCGGAUUACUCUUUAAAAAUGAUGAUUAAAUUCUAUUGAUUUCGUAAUUGUAAUCAUUAUAUCCUUGCACGGAAAAAAAGAAAAAAAUCUCUUCGUUUUCUUAACAGAUAAGAGAUAAC